AUGCAUAGUUUUGUCCACGUAGUUGGUGAAGCUAUCGAGAGUUAUUGCGGUGGUCUUUGUUACAGUCCUCCAAUGUCGGAAGAAGACGAAAUCGAAGAUCCCACUUUCUUCCAAAAUGAACGGGUCCCAACAAUACGGAAUCCAGACGGAUUCCAUGACUCUGCAGCGAUUUGUUCUCGCAUUUAUGGGUUCAUGGCACCGCCGAAAGUUUCUGAAUUUGUCGAGGACGUGGAUGGCCGGUAA